CUCGCUUUCGGCGCAAGUCGCCAGUGUACGAAGAGUUAUCUUGCGAAUAGUUGCGCAAAUAUCGCCAAACUUGGUCUUUAAAGACCAAUUUUGGGGCCAAAUACAGGCACACCGAGCGUUGCCCGUGCUAUAAAGCACACUUUGAGCCUAUCUCAGGCUCAUUUUUGCGGAUACUUUUUCGUAAAACUCCAACUUCAAAAUCUGUCCUAAUCCAACAGAUUGGUUUUUUAGAUUUUUGAUUUGCAUCAUGGAGUGCUGAUCGCGUCUCGCCAUGUCUCACCUCGUGUUCAACCACCAAGUUUUACCUCCUUUUGGAGAGGCUGUGCCGACAGUUAGUUCAACAUUCUUGGCAUCCAUUGUGGGUGACAGAAGAGAAAGAGAUGGAGAAGAAUAUUGCUUUGGUUCGUUCUGCCAGUGGAGUGUCCAAGAUUCCAUCUGAGCCCAACAAAAAAGACAAUGGGCGUGGAAAUGGAAAUGGACAGUCGUACCAUAAGAAGAGAGAGCCCUCACUGUCUAAGUUUGGUCCAGAUGGAGGGCUUCAACGUAAGACCAACCCUCAAAGAUCCAGAGGCUUCACUGAUAAAAGACCACGAAGCAGUAAGGAGAAUGGCUGGACAGGCAGACGUGAUGAGAUGACAAAGACCCAGAGGGCAGAGUUUGGCUCCGCCCUUCCUGCUGGGCCCAAGAAGAUGAAUCUAAAUCAUCUCAUUAAUUUCACCAUGGCACCUCGAGAAUCCUCUAUGGAGAACAGAGGGCCAGGAGGUUGGAGAGGCCGUAAUAAGUGGACUCAUCGCUAUCCUAAGUAUAACAAAGAACAGUUUCUGCAAGCAAAUUGCCAGUUUGUGGUUAAAUCUGGAGGUGAUUACACUUCCCAGUGUGUGGACUCAGAUAAAUUGGUUGACUGGGAUCUCAUAGAGCAAGUGAGGAUUGUUAGUCCAGAAGUACCGUCCUGUCCCAUCUGUCUCUAUCCACCAACUGCAGCCAAAAUCACACGUUGUGGUCACAUUUACUGCUGGACUUGCAUGCUGCAUUACUUGGCACUUGGAGAGAAGACUUGGAGGAAAUGUCCAAUCUGUUAUGAAGCAGUGCAUCAGCAAGAUCUGAAAAGUGUUGUUGCUAAGGCAACUCAUAGCUACAGCCAGGGUGAUGAGAUAACAUUUCGUCUUAUGAAACGAGAGAAAGGUUCGGUCAUUACACAGCCUCACUCUACCAGAGAGUAUGGCAAACUCUUCAACAUUGAUGAUGAUCCGAGUACUACGUGCAUGGUCAAAUUAUUGCUGGCUUCCCCAGAGCAAGUCAGAGAAAAGAUAAUUGAACCAGAGAGAGCUGCUUUAACUGUCCUACUUCAGGAAAAUAAUGGGGAACUUGAGGACAGUUUCACUGAAGCAGCCCUGAAAAUGUUAAAGGAAAGAGAGGACGGUAUUUAUAACACACACAAGAUUCAGACAUUGGCCUCUCGUGUUGUGGGUUUGAACUUAAAAGAAGAUACUGAAACGCAAGAUGUUGAAGAACCAGUGGUUGUGAUGUCAAAAUCUUGCAAGAAUUAUAAGCAUUACUCCUCAGCAUUCUCUGACGAAGAAAUUGAUCCAUCAGAAGAUCAUGAUUCUAGUCAUCAGAGUCAAGGAUUCACCAUUGAAGAGCCGUUCCAAGAUUACCCGGCAUCUCCAGCCCCUAAACUGGAUCCUAGGAAGGGUGAGGCCCGUGAUACAUUGAAUGUCAAGAUAUGUGGUACUAGAAGUGUACCAGUUAUGACAGAGCACCAGUCACCAGGUUUAAGCAUGGAGGGAGUUGGCAUGGCUGAAGGAGGUGUAAAGAAUGCCAGUGAUGUCAUCAAUGGGUCCCAGAGCACCCCUUUGUCAUCUCUCUCGGAGGAUCAGACAGGAGCUGUAGGAAGCAGUAGCAAUGGAAAGGAACAUGUGUAUUACUUCUAUCAAGCUGAAGAUGGCCAACAUCUGUACCUACAUUCACUGAAUGUGCGCUGUCUGAUUCGAGAGCAUGGAAGCUUUGCUGAGUGCCCAGAGACAAUUACAGCAAAGAUUGUUGAGGUGAUACACAUGUCAAUGAAUGAGGCUCUCCGUCGCCGGCUGAGAUACCUUUUCCACCUGCCGCUGACUUGUGACUUUGGAAUUUGCGAGCUGGAAUUCAAACCACCAUUGGUUUCCAAGGCAACCUUGCAGUGCUUUGCAGGAGACUUCCAGCAAAGAAAAAAAGUCAGGGAAAAGAAGGCCCGCAAUGAGAGAAGACAGGAACGCAAGAUGCAACUCAAGGAAAACAAAAAGAAUGGAAAACAUCCACCUCCCAAGUUCUCCUUACAUAGCAGUACCCAGUUUCCUGCCUUUGGUGUAGACUCCAUACCAGCGGAUGUUUCGUAUACCAUCUCGGAGACAUCAUCCAGUGUGGCGUCACAAGACUCACCGAUAUCCUCGUCUGUUAGUUCACCUGUGAGUCUAAGCCAGGAGGAGACUAGUCAUGAAGGUGUGGUCCGUGGUAGUACAGCAUCUGGGCACUGUGGGCUUGAUUCAGAUAGUAUUGGUGAACCAUCACCUGUCAUUGGAAGCUGGGCAUCAGCAGCUAGCGUGGAGGACCACACAACCUCCUGUCCAUCAUUUGCACAGAUGUUGCGUGAAGGUAAAGCUCGACCAGAGACAAGUCACUGGCCUAAGAUAGAGAAGGCAGGAGAGUCAAGAAGCUUGACUGACAAUCUAGCAGGAGACAGUAGAACGCGUAAAGCCUCUGGCCCAGGCCCGGAUGGUAGUGACGACAGUUCUAAUGAAGACUACGUUCCAGUUCCUCAGUAUAAAGAAGCAUUCAGUGAUGCGAUACAAGCCGCUCUAGACAGAGCAGCUGUACUGGCAGCUAGUAACAAAACAGAUGAUGAAGUGACUUCAUCUCCUGGUUCAGGUAAGCGAGGAAGGAAAGGAAAGAAGAAACAACAACUGCUUUUCUCAACGGCCGGCCCACGAUUCAAAUGAGACACUUUUAAGAGAUAUUAAUGAAGUAAGAUUUAAUGUGUACAAGGAAACAAUCUCCAAUGUGCUUAUCAGUUGGACAUGAGAGUUAAAUGGUUCUAUAAGUAAUGUUAAAAAUUAGCAAAAGCACUAGGCAUGAUGCACACGAUAGGGAAAAAAGUACAUAAAGACCUCAUGUGUAUGUGGCAGCCUUGACCACUUUCAAAUACACUACCGUAAUUUUUGGAAUAUAAGCCGUGGCUUAUACAUUGAUUCUCAAGCUGAAAAAUGUCUCUGGUACAGUUACAGAGGUAUUUUUCUUAAUAUAAAGCCUAUCCUUUUGGCAAGAAAUAGUCGGCCUACGAGAUAAAAACGAUCUUUCGACUUACAUGUAACUGAAUUCAAGUUUAAUGAUUGUACGUCCCCAACCACUUCACUUUUGCUAGCCUCUGGAAAAAAGGUUAAGAGCUGAUGAAUGGCCCAUGCAAGAAUACCAAAGUAUUCAAGUUGAGGACUUAAAAUUCACUUUUUAUGGCAACACUUGUUUGCAUUUUUCUUAUUAGGAUUGCAUAUGUAGUGGAACUAUUAAUGUACUAUACUUGCUGUAUUGGUGCUUCAGCACGCAGCCCGCUGAAAUUUAUGGUUGGAUCGUCAGCAUAACAGUGCAGUGUGCUGGUGCUGCUUAUACACCGAUUUAAAUCUUAAUUUUGCUCAUUUGAUCGUGCUGCAGUUUAUACACUGGAUGGCUUAUAUUCUGAAAAUUACGGUAUAUUGUGGCAUUAAGAGAAUAAUCUUAUGUCUAACCCAUGAAUUUAUAUGCUUGUGUGACUUCCGAGUAUUGCAUUAAAGUUACCAAUUUAGUUAUGCAGUUUGUGAGUUCUAGACAACUUGAGUUUUUGAUCUUUAAAUAUAUUUUUUGUUCAACUAGACUGUGUGAAGUAUUUGAAUGUUUUACCCUCUCUACGCCAAAAUGGACCUUCUCUUUAGUGGUCAGUUGGAAAGGUUAGUUGUAAAUCUCAUGUAAUGCAUAAUGUGCAAGGUGUGUAAGCAUGAAAAUACACAUGUGCAUGUAUAUAAGACAAACAGUGCAGCAAUGGCAUUUUGCAUUUUUUUCCACGCUUUAUCAAAGUGUGUUCAGUAGUGGGAGAAAUUUUUGAAGGACUUUUUGCCGUUUGAAGGUAUCAUUUUCAUAAAUGUUUUCAAAAUUCAAAGCAAUUUGUUUAUAUCAUGCAAAAUGGUAUUAGCCAUUGUUUCAAAGAUGAAUAUUUAGUUAAGUCUUCGUGGGCCCAGAGAAUGCAUUCAGGUGGACAGUGAAAUUGCUCAAAUCUGACAGGAUAUGAAGACGUGGCAAGCUUAACCAAAUUAAGUUGUAAAUUAUUUCUCAAUGGCCAGAAGUUGUUCUCAACGUGCCUAAAACAGGCCAAAAAAAGUUUUUGUAAUUUGAGAAAAGAACAAAAUGAUUUAUAGAGGUUUGGUUAGUUAGCAUUUAAAUAUAAUACAUGUACAUGUUUCUGCAAGGAUGGUAAAAGUGGGUUUUUUUUCCGAAGAUGUUUAUGUUCUGUUCCACGGAAUGUUUAUAGGGAUGAUUACAUUAACACAAUACAAGGCUACCAGCAAUCGUAUUACAUAUUCUGUAUUAUAUUUUCAAGUUCUAUUGUCUUUUACGCUACAUUAUUUGAAAAAAAAGUGCUCUGAGUUCUCAGAAUGAAGGAAAGCUUGUGACUUUUAUUAACAGUAUGUAAUAAAUGCUAGUUUAUAAUAUGGAAAAUAAAGAAGCAGAAGUGUACUCCUUCAGAUCUGACACUUCUUGAAGCUGGUAAUAAAUCAGUACAUAGAAUGUUA